AUGAAUGGAGAUUCCUUAAGUGAUUGUUAUAUAAAGUGUGUGCAUGUUGUGUCAUCCACAGCUGAGCUGAUUGUGGACAAAGCCAUGGAGUUGAAGUUUGUCUGUGGAGUUUUUGGAGGAAACAUCAAGCCCACUCCCUUCCUCUGCCUCACUCUGAAGAUGCUGCAGAUUCAACCUGAAAAAGACAUCAUCGUUGAGUUCAUAAAAAACGAAGAUUUCAAAUAUGUUCGUCUACUCGGAGCGAUGUACAGGAGGUUAACUGGCACCGCAGUGGAUUGCUACAAAUACUUGGAACCACUGUACAACGAUUACAGAAGGGUCAAGAGUCAGAACAGAAAUGGAGAGUUUGAACUGAUGCAUGUGGACGAGUUCAUUGACGAGCUUCUUCACUCAGAGAGGAUGUGUGACAUCAUUCUGCCUCGACUUCAGAAAAGACACGUCCUCGAGGAGGCUGAGAUGUUAGACCCACGUAUCAGCGCUCUAGAGGAAGAUCUGGAUGAGGUGGAGAGCAGUGAAGAAGAAGAUGAGGAAGAAGAGAAGGUAAUGAUGUUUAAAUAA